UCGCCGGGUCGAGAGACUGACACGUGUGCUCGUACCCCAUGGUCUUUCUGGCAAAAGUGUAAGUCAUAACGUGCAACGUAAUCUUCUAAACUGUAUAGAUGUCGCCGAGGUACAUGUUAAAGAAAUACGAGCAUGAGAGGGAGUACAGUGAUCACGCGAUUAGCGAUCUUCACCCUGGUCUGCAUCGCCUUCUACGAGAAAGCACUGACGCGACCCCAGUCCGAAAUCCCGAAAGUCUACCUGCACACUGGGACCGUCUUGGGCACUGUGGAGACUUCCCCCGGCGGGAGGCUUUACUACGUCUUCAGGAGCAUUCCGUAUGCUGAGCCGCCCGUCGGAGAACGCAGGUUCAAGCCCCCAGUGCCAGCAACUGCUUCGGAAGGAGUGACAAAUCACCUGAAAUGGCCCCCGAGCUGUCCACAAGUUAUAAAAGAGAAACAGUUAAUGCAUGUUAAAGAAAUAAUGGGCGAGGAAGACUGCUUGUAUCUCAAUGUAUUCACUCCGUCGAUGCAGGAAAAGAAUUACCCCGUGAUGGUGUACAUCCACGGAGGCGCCUUCCUCACCGGGAACACCAGCCGCCACAACCCCGAGCUCUUCCUGGACCAAGACAUUGUCGUUGUUACGAUUCAGUAUCGUCUGGGAGUUCUUGGAUUCCUGUCGACGGAGGACGAGGCGCUGCCGGGCAACCUGGGCCUGAUGGACCAGACGCUCGCUCUCCGCUGGGUACACGAGAACAUCGCUCGCUUCGGGGGCGACGUGACGAGGGUCACCGUCGCCGGCUUGAGCGCCGGCGCUGCCUCGGCCCACAUGCACCUGUUCAAUCCCCACGCGAAAGGACUGUUCUCGCGCGCCAUUCUCAUGUCGGGAUCGGCGCUGUGCCCCUGGGCCCUGAGGAAGGGCCACAGAAAGGUCGCAAUGGCAGUUGGCGAAACAUUCAACUGCCAAUCGGACCCUAAGGACGCAAGCGGCGUCGAGAGAAGCAAACUCUUGGUGGAAUGCCUUCGUAAAGCUCCUCUCAAGGAGCUCGUUUCCUCCUUCAUGGACUUCCAGGUGUGGAACAGCCUCCCGUGGGAGACGGUGCCCCGGGUGGACGGCGACUACCUGCCCGAUCACCCGGCGCGCCUCCUCGCUCAGGGGCGCUUCCAUGACGUCAGCAUCGUCACCGGCGUCAACCUCCACGAAGGGCGACUCGUCACCCAAGGUAUGUUCUCAAAUCCGAAGGUGUUCCGAGCACUGGCGACCGACUUCGACUCUGUCGCGCCCAGCGUGGCGCUGCUCUUCCAGGAGGGCGACUACUGGCCGAGGAGCCUCUCCCGCCGCGCCUUCGAGUACUACCUCGGAGGCACCGAGAUCAGCGCCAGCAGCCACGCCGACGAAGUGGCGCUCACGCAGUUGUUCGGAGACCGCUUCUUCAAGAUCCCGCACGAUGACACGUGGAACCUCACGUGGCACCAUCUUGGUCCCGGCCGCGUCUUCGCCUACGAGCUCAUGCACAACAGGGGACAGGAGUGGGUUGUGCAUCCGGCAAUACUGCAGUACCUGUUCCCUUACCCCAACGCCCCUCGUCUUAAGGGCGAGGACAAACAGCUUUCUGACACGUUGUUGAAACUGUGGGUGAAUUUCGCAUCAACGGGGGACCCGACACCUGACUCCUCUCUGGGUUUCCGCUGGCCGUCCGUCAGCGCCUCCAGACAGGCCCACCUCAGCUUCACGCCCAUGCCUGUUAUGACGUCAUCCUCUAGACUGAACGAAUGGUUGUUGUGGACUUCAUUUCCAACCGAAGCGAACAGGUUCCUUCACCUCGACCGCAUUCAAGAGUAUGUGCGAUCGCAUGCCAGAGAUAUUGGAUAAGAUGAUAGGUUUAAGCAUGUGUGUAUGUAUGUAUUGUAGAAAAAUGUAAAAACUAGAUUUAUUAAAAAUGAGACAACAGUUUCGGAAUCCAGGUGGAUUCCGAAACUGUUGUCUCAUUUUUAAUUAGUUUUUACAUUGUGGGUUUUUCUACCAUAGUAUCAACACGGUAGAGUGUUUCCUUCACUCAUGUAUGUAUUGCAUAUACCGUGCAAGUCAGGAAUAUUAUCGUGUUAUGUAUUAUGAUAAAAAACAUUGUAUUUUUUUCUCUUCUUUAUGGCCAAAGCAUCAACUUUUGAAUAAAAUCACAUAGGCAAUAGAAAUUUGGCAAGUCUAUCUUCUUUCAUAUUUUUCCAAUGAGGAAAGGCUGUAGUGAUAGCGUAGUCUCCUCGAAAUGUAGUUAUAUCAUAGUUUUUUUUCCUGAAAAUCGUUUAGUCACGAAUUUCUGGAUCAUUAUUAUUUGUCUAUCAUACAAUAAAUACUAUUGAUUGUGUAUUUUCUAAAAUGUGUUAUCUUUUUUAUGUUUAACUGACAAAUGUUUGUUUAUUUGCAUAGUUAUAUCAAAAAUACUUGUAAGUGCUCAGUCCAUUGUACAUAAUCAAUUUCAGGGAAUUAAGUUUAAAUGAUAAAUGAACUUAAGUAUUAUUUAAUUCCUAGUAUAAUAAAAUGUCCAGUUUUCCAUUAAUAACAAGUUAUAACAGACUAAUUACUGCUGUAUAUACGUUUUGGCUACUCUGACAUCAGCACGGCCUUAACGGAGUAAAUACGGCGGUAGAAAUACUGUUUAGCCAAGAGACAUCAAUCAUCAAGGGCUUCAGGGGACUUAUACCGCUGUCAGACCGAAAUAGACGGUUUAGCCACGUUUUGUUUCAUGUAUUUCUGAUGAAGAUAUAAUGGG